AUGGCCACCAAGCAAAAAGUCCUGCGGGUGUCGAUGUACCUCAAGAGAAAGCCGGAAAUGAGCGAAGAGGAGUUCAACCACUACUGGUCGCACGUCCACGGACCCUUGGUGCGGCCACUGGUGGAAAAAUAUGGCAUUUUGAAAUACACCCAGUACCACACCUCGACAAGCGUCCAGCAGACCACCAUGGCCGCGUGGCCAGAACUGCAGGCCCUGGCAGUGACGCCCUACGACGGCGUGGCCGAAUUCAUUGUCAAGGACAUCGAGGGCAUCAAAAAGUCGCGAGACGACCCCUUUUUUAUUGAGAAGGUGCGGCCCGACGAGGAGAAGUUCUUCGACGUGAAAGGCAUGGCCUGGACUAUCGGCUGGGAAGAGGUGUACGUUCUCGACGGCAAGAUCGUGCCGGACAGCGAGGCCCGGGUGAAUGCUCCGUAA